ACAGCGCGUGUGUGAUACACUGGGCGGGUCUUGACGCUGAGGAUGACUGGGGAAGAAUGCGCUCUAUUAAUCUUGGUUUAUUUCUAAUAUAAUAACAUCGUUUUGCUUUAGAAUAACCUCAAGGGGCUUUUUCGUAAGCGCAACUAAAAUAUCUGCACACGUGACUAAAGGAAACUGAAAAUACUCAACAAAACCGAAUCCACAGACGCGGUGCAUCAACACAACUAAACCGGCUGAUGUCAUUUAACCGUUUAACUCCUCUUUGUGUCUUAUUUUCUUCUACGAUCACACGUUUGUUAAAAGUCUUACAUUGAUAAUUCAAAACACCUCGAUGGUUUUUUUUCAAGACAUGGACUCCUAAAUCGCAUUUUAAGUGGAGUAAUAACAGCGCUUUGUCAAGGUUCCGAUGUUUGUUUGUUUUUUGUUGUGACGUCAGCGCAACGAUACAGUUUGGUUGUUGCUAAUAAAUCUGAUCGUUUUUGGCGCAUCAGACAAUAAUGCUUUGUUUGGGAAGAAGUUCAAAGACGCAGGCCAAACCAAUUUCUUUGUAACAUAAACAAAGAAACCAGAGAACUUCUGUGAACAUUCACGCAAAGACACUAAAGCAAAUCGCAUUCAGAAACAGCCAGUAGAUGUUUUUGUCCGUCGUUGUUUAUCUCAGUAAGAUUUGCCGGCAUUUCUCCAUGUUUAGCUCAGACAGACUCACGGUUCCUGCAUAUGUCGGUCGACUGCAUAACCGGAGGACGAGCUCUGACCCCAAGGCCGUCUCCCCGGGCAUCAGUACCGAUGUUCAGUCCGUGCUGGACGACACUCUUCCUGCACUGCGCUCCGCCAUGAGAACACUGAAGUCUUCCAGAGAUACCGGUGACGUGGAAGAAACCCGUCGGGCCAUCGCUGAAACUUUCCAGCUGGUUGAGGAGGCCUGGGUUUUGCCCACAGUUGGUCGACAGGUAGCGGAAGAGAUCUGCAACAGAAUACGGUUGGAUGGAGGACUGGAGUUGCUCCUCCAGCUGCUGCAGACGCCUGCAGUGGAAAUCACAUACGAGUCUGCUAAGCUCCUUGAACAGAUACUGGUCACAGAAAACAGGGACUACGUUGCACGUAUGGGUCUGGGUGUCGUACUCAACCUGACCCGUGAACAGGAUGAUGCCCAGCUGGCACGAAGCGUGUCGGGUAUUCUUGAGCACAUGUUCAAACACACCGAAGAGACAUCUGCCCAGCUCAUAACCAACGGCGCUCUGGACACCUUGCUGUACUGGUGCCGUGGAACGGACCCAACCGUGCUGCGGCACUGUGCCGUUGCCCUGGCUAACUGUGCCAUGUAUGGCGGUCACCGCUGCCAGCGUUUGAUGAUUGAAAAACAGGCGGCUGAUUGGCUGUUUCCUUUGGCAUUCUCUAAGGAGGACGAGCUGAUCCGUUUUCACGCCUGUCUUGCCGUGGCUAUUUUGGCGGCUAAUAGGGAGAUAGAGAAAGAGGUGGUGAAGUCUGGCACUCUGGAGCUGGUGGAGCCCUUCAUCGCCUCCCUAGACCCUGACGAGUUUGCACGCAACCUGCUGGACAGCACCGACAGCAUGCAGGGCCGCACAGCCGCAGACCUUCAGCACUUGCUGCCCCUACUGGAUGGUACACGUUUGGAGGGGAAAUGCAUUGCUGCGUUUUACCUUUGUGUUGAGACCAGUAUCAAAUCACGGCAACGUAAUACUAAGAUAUUUCAUGAGAUUGGAGCUGUUCAGAGUCUUAAGAAAAUCGUCAUGUACUCCAGUAAUGGCACUGUCUGCUCUCUGGCUAAGCGGGCGCUGAAGAUGAUGGGCGAGGACGUUCCGAGGCGAAUCCUGUCAUCCGUUCCCAACUGGAAGGUUGGAGAGGUGCAGACCUGGCUACAGCAGAUUGGCUUCAGUUCAUUCAGUGACCAGUUUCAGGAGCUACAGGUGGAUGGAGAUCAACUGCUGAAUAUCACAGAACAAGAUCUGAUUCAUGACCUAGGCAUGAAUUCUGGGCUUACUCGAAAGAGGUUUUUAAGAGAUCUGCGUGUGCUAAAGACCUAUGCCAACUACUCCACAUGCGACCCCAAUAACCUUGCAGACUGGCUGGCCGACAUAGACCCAAGAUUUCGUCAGUACACCUAUGGGCUAGUUCAGUCUGGAGUAGAUCGAAAAUGUAUCACCCAUAUCACAGACCAGCAGCUUCAGUCUGACUGUCACAUAGAGAACGGUAUACAUCGUGCCAAGAUAAUUUCUUCCGCUCGCCGUCCUGUUAAACCCAGUUUAACUGAUUCCCAGCCUGCUGGCCCUGAUGUGUUCAUCAGUUACCGUCGCACCACAGGUUCACAGCUUGCCAGUCUGCUCAAGGUGCAUCUACAAUUACGUGGUUUCAGCGUCUUCAUCGAUGUGGAGAAGUUGGAGGCCGGCAGGUUCGAGGAGAAGCUGAUCACGAGCGUGCAGCGUGCACGUAACUUCAUCCUGGUGCUGUCAGCCAAUGCAUUGGACAAAUGCAUGGGGGAUGUUGCUAUGAAGGACUGGGUGCAUAAGGAGAUCGUCACUGCUCUAAAUGGAAAGAAAAACAUUGUUCCUGUCACUGAUAAUUUUGUAUGGCCUGAUCCGGCCACUCUACCAGAGGAUAUGAGCACCAUUCUUAAAUUUAAUGGAAUUAAGUGGUCUCACGAAUAUCAGGAAGCCUCUAUUGAGAAGAUUCUGCGUUUCUUAAAUGGAUGCCCCAACCGGGAUCAACCAGAUGCAGCAAAAACAGAUAAAAAAGACCCACAGAAAAAAUAAGACAUUUAUUGCCUUGUAAAACAACUUGUAUGUAUUUAAACAACUAAUAUAUAGGCAUUCUCAAUGGCUGUCGUGUAACCAGAACACAGCCAUUGUUUCUUUUGCUCGUAUGCAUGUACAGACGUUGGUCUACUGACUAAUACAAAGGGACAUUCAUAGUAAGGUUCUGUGUUAUUUACAGUAAGUUGUACAUAACAUGUAAUGUUAUUUGAAGCUACUAUAAUAACUAAAAAUGUCCUUAACAUGUAAUGCACUGACUGUACUCCCAAAA